UACAAAUCUAUUACAUUUAUUGAGAAUUGAAGAAGCCAAUGAAUAUGUAAUAUUGUUUUUUCCACUCUGUCAAACCAUCCAGCCCUGUGAACUGGAGGUUUGUGUUGGAAAGGGUGAUGUAAAGGGCAGUACGAACAUUACAGAGACUGCAAUGUGGUUGGCAUGGUACAGAGAAUCACUGGCUCCUGAUAACCAUGAUGCUCUCAGGCUAAAGGAGGCAAAACUUCCCAAGAUAACUGGUUCCUCUCCGCAACUUCACAAACGAAGGUACCUAGUCGACUGGGUGGCAACUAUUUGCGAGCGCUGUGACAUAGCUUCAGAGACUCUUCAUCUGGCGAUCACAUGUCUAGACCACUUCAUGGAUAAAUACAGUAUAGAGGACGCUCAAUUACAUCUCAUAGCACUCUGCUGUCUUCUUAUUGCUGCUAAGUUUGAAGAAUGCGACGUAAAGAUUCCUCGAAUACAAACUCUCAACUACUUUGUACAGAACGCAUUCCUUACCAAUGAGUUCCGGCAAAUGGAACUGCUCCUGCUGGAAUUCUUCUGUUGGAAUCUCGUCUUGCCUACUUCUGCUCACUAUAUUGAGUAUUACAAGAUGGCAGCUCUGAGCAGAGAUGAUAAUCUGAACGGAGAAAAGGUGACGGUUAACAUGGAGGCGAAGAUCAUGAAAUACAUAGCAAAAUACUGCAAAUAUUUUCUAGACAUUUCGCUCCAAGAUUUCGCGUUUUCGCAGUUAGCACCAUCAUUGGUCGCUGCAGGAGCCAUCGCCUCUUCAAGGCACUGUUUAGGGCUGAUUCCAUCCUGGACCCCUCAAUUGCGUGAGGUGACUGGAUUUACAGUAUCACAAGUGCAGCCAGUCGCUCUAGCUCUUAUCAGAGCGAGGGAUGCCGAGGCCGAGAAUGUGGAGGUCCCCUCUGAUAUGAUGUCCAAGAUUCAGACCUCUGCAGAUGGUCCAGAACAGUCAGUCUUAGCCUGA